AUGACCCUUCCUGGCCAGCCUAGGGACGCUGCUGAUAUCGCCAAAGCUUUCCAAUGGGCCAUUACCGCCCUUGGAAUAUGUGUGUUCUACAUCGUUGCUAUCGUUUUUCAUCGUCUCUUUCUCUCCCCCAUUGCAAAGUUUCCAGGACCAAAGCUAGCCGCAGCAACAAGUUGGUACGAGGUCUACUAUGAUGUCGUCAAAAAGGGAAGAUAUCUAUACGAGAUUGAGAGAAUGCAUGACCAAUACGGUCCGAUUGUGAGAAUCAACCCAGACGAGCUUUCCAUUCGAGACAACACGUACUAUGACAAACUCUACGUCAUAGGGUCCGUCCGACCUUCCGACAGGUACGAAGGCUUCGUCAAGGGCGUCGUCGACUUUGAAGGAUCGCAUCUCGCGACAAUUGACCACUACCUCCACCGCGCGCGGAGAAGGCCGCUCGACCCGUACUUUUCCCGCAGCGGCGUGUCCAAGCUGGAGCCCAUGGUGGCCGAGGUGUGCGAGAAGCUAAUUGUGCACCGCUUCGAGACCUUUCGGGGAAGCGGCCGGGUCGUCCGGCUCGACCACGCCUUUACUGCCUUUUCCGGCGACGUGAUCUGCCGGCUGUGCAUGGACAACCCGCCAAGCUUUGUGGAGGAUCCCGAGUUUGCGCCAGAGUGGUUUGAUCUUUUCCAUGAUGGUGCCGUGUCGCUGCCGCUAUUCAUGGGUCUACCUUGGCUGAUUCGUCUCAUCCGCCUGGUUCCGGAACGUAUCAUGACAAAACUGAGUCGCAACAUUCACACCUUCAACAGAUUCAAGCUGAUGUGUCAAGGCCAUAUUAAAGAUGCAAAGAGGGAAAAGUCCACCAUGGAGCUAAAAGGCACACUGACGGGCGGCACUCGGGACACUUUAUUCCGACAUCUACUGAAUAGUGACCUCCCACCGUCUGAGCUUUCAGAGGAGCGUCUCUCGAGGGAGGCGCAGGUCCUCAUUGGCGCCGGAACCAUGACUACAGCCGGGACAUUGGCCUUUCUCUGCUACUACAUCUUGGCUGAUCCAGCCAUCAAGGAACGUCUGGCAACAGACUUGACAGACGUGAUGAAAGGCUACCCGGACAAGAAGCCGACCUGGGCAGAGCUGGAAAAGGUGGAAUACCUGCAGGCAUUGAUCAAAGAGGGUCUUCGUCUGAGUUAUGGCACCAUGCACCGUCGUCCUCGCGUCUCGCCGUCUCAGCCUCUGGCUUUCAGGGAGUGGGUGAUUCCGGCUGGCGUGCCCGUCGGCAUGUCAGCCUACUUCCAGCACCGCGAUCCGUCUAUAUUUCCCAGCCCAGAGAAAUUCAUGCCCGAGAGAUGGCUGCAAAACGUCACUUCCGAGAUGCAGCACAGCCUUGUUCCAUUUUCAAAAGGAUCACGGCACUGUCUCGGGAUGCAUCUCGCUUACUGUGAGAUCAAUUUCAUUCUCGCCGCACUUUUCCGCCCUGGCGGUGCCGAGUUCAGUCUCCACGAGACGAAUGAGUCAGACGUCAAGAUGGUUCACGACCUCAUCGUACCGCUGCGAAGACUGGGCUCAAAAGGUGUCCAAAUAAGGUUUCACUAA